AUGCGUAUCCUCAAAGCCCUCGUUCUGAUUGUGGCAGUGCUCGUGGCCGGAGGGUUCGGCUAUCUGUUUUUCGCGCCGCCCGACCUCAUUCGCGUCGGCGCCAACUAUGCGGCCAAGAUCGUCUGUUCGAACGUCUUCCUCGCCGGCCGCGAUGCGCAGGAGGUGCUGACCGUCGAUGUGCAGGCGCCCGGCCAUCCGCUGCUGAGGCUGAUGCGCGUCGAUGUGGACGAAGAGGCUGGCACCGUGCGCACCGGCCUGUUCGGGCUGAUCGGCGGCGGGUUGGCGGUGCGCCGGCCGGGGCAGGGCUGUUCGUCGGUGCCCGAGGGCGGCGUGGAUCGCCUGAUCGAACGGCCGGCACCCAAUCGCACGGCGCUCGCCACCGGUUCGAUGUGGCCAGCCGGCAGCCAGGUGGAAUUGCCGGUGAACGAGGCACUCGAUGCCGUUCUUAACGAUCCGGCGCUGACGGGCCCGGGCAUGCGGGCGAUCGUGAUCGUCAAGGGCGGUGCGAUCAUCGGCGAGCGAUAUGCGGACGGGUUCGCACCCGACACGCCGCUUCUGGGCUGGUCGGCUUCAAAAACCGUGACCGGCGCGCUGAUCGGCCGGGCGAUCCGCGAGGGACGGCUGGACCUGGAACAGACCGCCAGCUUCGAGGGCUGGGACGGUGACGGCCGCGCCGAUAUCACGCUGCGGGACAUGAUGGGCAUGGCGCCGGACCUUGAAUGGAACGAAGGCUACGGAUCGGUCUCCGACGUCACGCGCAUGCUCUAUCUGGAGCGCGACAUGGCCGGCUUCGUCGCCGGCCAGCCGCGCGACGAUGAUUCGCCCGAAGGUGUCGGCGAUGUCUUCGAGUAUUCCUCCGGCACCACCGUGCUUCUGUCGCGCCUGUGGCAGGAUAGUUUCGACGAUCCGGCCGAAGCGGUCUUUUGGCCCUAUGCGGCGCUGUUCGACCCGCUCGGCAUGACGAGCGCGGUGAUGGAAAUGGACGCAUCGGGCACAUUCGUCGGCUCGUCCUACAUCUAUGCGACCGCGCGCGACUGGGCGCGUUUCGGCCAGUUCAUGCUGCAGCGCGGCGUCUGGAACGGACGGUCGCUGCUGCCGGUCGGCUUUGUCGACUGGAUGGUGACAGCGCAUCCGGCGUCCGAUGGCGUCUAUGGAAACGGGCAGGUGUGGCUUCGCGCUGCCAAUGCCUGGAUGGAGGGCGACAAUCCGAACCUGCCCGGCGACGGCUUUUUCAUGAACGGCCAUGACGGCCAAUCCGUGUCGGUCAUUCCGUCCGAGGAUCUGGUCGUCGUCCGGCUGGGGCUGACGCCGACCGAUCAGCGCUACAAGGUCGCCUAUCUGAUCGAGGCGGUGAUCGGCGCGCUGGACCCCUAG